GUCGAUUUUCCUGGGCAUUACUCGACUAAUCUCAUCUUGAGGUUAUCCGCUUUUCUCAUGCGGGAGUGGGCGGAGCUCCAUCCUACUGCUUCACAUUGUCAUGGCCCGCUAAUUGAAGAUCCCUCGGAAGUAUUUACUUGGUUUGGUGUGGUGAAAAUACAACAUGAGUAGUAGGGCGUUGGGUGAUGGCAAUUCAGCUCCCAUAGCCAUAAGUAACAAUCCCAAGAAACCAGGGAAUCGCCAACAGCAAUCAAAUUCAGACAUCAUUCUGGGUGGUGAGUUGUGGACUGAUGGACUUAUUUGUGCUUUCGAAUUUGUUCGAGUUCGUAAGAAGACAAUAUGGCCAAAAUCUGGUUCCAUUGAGGUGUCAAAGAAGCAAACUCCUGGAUCUAUACCAGGAAAUUCUUUACCCACACAAGUUUAUGAAAAUAACUUAGAUUCAUCACCCACAGAAGAACCCGGAGCAAGUGAGAUGGAUACAUUGGAUGGCAAUAGUUAUAAGCAGGAUUAUCAUUUACGGUGUUCCCAAGUCAGGGAAAGGUCUCCUGGAAGUUAUUGGGUACCAAUUGGUUGGGCUAGAAUAACUGAACUUGUCCAGAUAGUGCAAGUUGAUGCAGGCUGGGCCUCACAGCCCACUGAGUUAACAGAAGAGGAAGAUGAUGUUACUGUUGCAGAUGUUGCAGCACCAUAUUGGGAACGGCCUAAAGGGCCAACGUGGUGGUGUCAUGUAAUGGCAGGCCAUCCAUUUGUCGACACAUGGUUAAAUAAUGCUCAGUGGUUACAUCCUGCUAUUAGCGUUGCUUUACGAGAUGAAAGUAAACUGAUAAGUGAGUGUAUGAAGCACCUUCUUUAUGAGGUUCCUGUAAGGGUUUCUGGUGGAUUAUUAUUUGAGCUCUUAGGGCAGUCAGCAGGUGAUCCUUUUGUUGGUGAAGAUGACGUCCCUGUAGUUCUACGAUCAUGGCAAGCACAAAACUUCUUAGUAUCUGCAUUGCAUGUUAAAGGGUCUGCAUCAAAUAUUAAUGUAUUAGGCAUUGCAGAAGUCCAGGAAAUGCUUGCUGCUGGAGGUUAUAAUGUACCGCAAACAAUCCAUGAGGUCAUUGCCCUCCUGGCUUGCCGCCUUGCUAAAUGGGAUGAUAGGUUAUUUUGCAAAUCCAUAUUCGGGGAAGCAGAUGAAAUUGAGUUGAAGUUUAUGAAUAGGAGAACUCAUGAAGACAUGCAACUAUUCAGCGUAAUUUUAAACCAAGAAAUUAGAAGGCUAUCCACCCAGGUUAUCAGAGUAAAAUGGUCUCUACAUGCAAGAGAGGAGAUUGUAUUUGAGCUUGUCCAGCAUUUGAGGGGAAAUGCAGCCAGGAAUUUGCUAGAAGGAAUAAGAAAGAGUACUAGGGAAAUGAUUGAUGAGCAAGAGGCAGUUCGUGGUCGCUUGUUCACAAUUCAAGAUGUCAUACAGAGCACUGUUCGUGCAUGGUUGCAGGAUCAAAGCCUGAGGGUCAGUCAUAAUCUCGGAGUCUUUGGUGGCUGUGGUCUUGUUCUCUCUAUCAUAACUGGACUCUUCGGAAUAAAUGUGGAUGGAAUUCCGGGGUCUGAAAAUUCACCUUAUGCAUUUGCCCUUUUUUCGGGCCUCCUCAUCUUUUUGGGCAUUGUGCUAAUUGCCAUCGGGUUGCUCUAUCUUGGAUUAAGAAAACCAGUCACUGAAGACCUGGUUGAAGUAAGAAAAUUAGAGCUCCAAGAGCUUGUCAAAAUGUUUCAACAGGAGGCUGAGGCGCAUGCACAAGUCCGAAAAACAACCCGAACCAAGAUGCCUUCUGCUGCAGCAGGGAUACUCCCUGAUGGAUCAGGUUAUGUUCUCAUCGGCUGAGUAAAUCAAAUGCAAGUAUGCUAUGAGUCCUCAUUGAGGUAACUGCUCUUUGCUCAAUACCUUGCUUGUGUUCAAGGCUUGUGAGUCGAGUCCUUCAGGAGCCAGUGGGGCUUUGCUUGGUCGUUAGCAUCAAGGCCCUCAGAUUUGUCUCUUGGAUUCAACAAGGCUGGGCUGGGAUGCUGACCUAGCAAAGAAACCAUAGUUGGAUUAAAUUAUCAAUUCUCACUUUGGUCCCUGAACAUAAGAUUUUCUUGAGUUGGUCCAUACACUAUAUAAUUUUGUCAAUGAACCUAAUGCAUAACUGACGUCCACUUUUCUACCAGAAAACGCCAUGUGACAUUGAUAUGAAAGGCCAAUAUUGGUACACCUAAAGGGCGAAAGAUGGAAAAUUUCAGUACCAUGUGGUGUUUCCAGUGGUACACCUAAAGGGCCAAAUGGAUGGCGAUAAGUAAUUGGGACAAAUAAAUGCUCCACAUGAGGAAAGAUUUGUAUUUCAAGGGCCAAACUGAGAAUUGGAAGUACUUCAGGUUCAAACUCUAUUUCACCCAUUUUACGAUGCCAAUUACAGAUCUUCGUGAUAAAAUUCUCAUUCUGUUACUGUUGGGCACUAUCCUUUCACCUUAAAAUAAUAUCCAUGAUUUAGGCAACAGAAAUUAGUAUUUUCAGGAAUAGUUUAUCUCCAACAAGAAUACCUUAGCUUUUUCAGAUUGGACAAACACAUUAUUGUCUGUCUAAUUUUUCAUAUUUCGCACAUUUUUAGGGAGAAAUAUAUUGAAAUGUUCAUUUUGCUCAGUGGCAUAUACUAGACAUAUUAUUGUCCAAAGUUUUCUGUUGCCCACAGUACAGUGAAACCACAGUGGCUCGCUCAUCCAUGUAGCAUAAAUGUUCUCAAUGGACUAGCAAUACUGACCAAGUGCGUGCUUUCAAGGGGGGAAAUUUGUCUUCUGAUUUUCGGACAUUGAAGAUUAUCUCUCGUCAUUUAUCAUGAUCUUUGGAUAACAAUCUACUGCAGUCAACUUUCUUGUCUAUACUGAAGAGGCUUUGUUGAUAGUACUGGAGAAAUCUAUUCAAGAAAUUUCCAUUCACUGUUAAAAGACUCUAUGAAAAAGGUUAUAUUUCUGAAGAGGAUUUGUUUCUCGGGCUU